AUGGAUUCAAUUGAAGUAGAGUUGAGCAUUGAAAGCCAAUCAGAUAAAAUGCAAGCAGAGGGCGUUCACAGCUACGUUGCAGAGUGGCCAAUUUCCUGUCUAGCAUGGUCAGUCCGCCGUGACAAAGCCCCGCGCCUGGCCAUAGGCAGCUACUUGGAAGACUACACCAACAAAGUCGAACUCAUUCACUUCAACUACCACACCUUCAACUUCACCACCGAUCCUCGUUUGGUGCUGGACCACCCAUACGCCCCAACCAACCUCAUGUUCUUCCCCUCCGACAACGACACCAACCCCGACCUCCUCGCCACUUCCGGCGACAACCUCAGACUCUGGCAAAUUCACCACGACCACAUUCAACUCAAGUCCCUCUUAAUUGGUAACAAAGUCAGUGACCACUCUGCAAUAACGUCGUUUGACUGGGCAGGGUUCGAUCCUCGUCUUGUGGCCACUUCUAGCGUCGACACCACGUGCACCAUUUGGGACAUUGAAAGGGAAUCCAUGAAUGCGCAGCUUGUGGCGCACGAUAAAGAGGUGUAUGAUAUUUCAUGGGGUGGGCUUAACGUCUUUGCUUCUGUCUCUGGUGAUGGUUCUGUUAGGGUGUUUGAUCUGAGAGACAAGGAGAAAUCGACCAUCAUUUAUGAGAAUCCGGUUCAAGAUUGUCCCUUGUUGCGUCUCGAAUGGAACAAAGGGGAUCCCAGGUUUAUGGCGACGGUUGGAAUGAACAGCAGUAAAGUGGUGGUUAUGGAUAUUAGGCAACCAACAACGCCUUUUAUGGAGUUAAGUAAGCAUAGGAUGAGUGUUAAUGGUGUAUCGUGGUCCCCGGAUAUCGGACGACAUUUGUGCUCUGUAGGUGAUGAUUCAACGGCCUUGAUUUGGGAGGUGAUGGAAACGGGGGUUCAAGGUGGUUGUGGUGAUGUAGAGCCUUUGAUGUGGUAUGGAUCAACGGCUGAGAUCAAUCACGUGUGUUGGUCUCCUAUGCAGUGGGACUGGAUUGCACUUACUUUCUUAAAUAAUUUGCAACUACUCAAGGUGUAG